AACGAACAUAUCUGGAUAUCAUACCUGCACUUAUUGAUUGUGGCUGAUGUUUGAUUGAUUGAGAAUAACAACAACGGGAUUCUGACAAAGAGGCUGCUUAUGAAACCGUAGAGUUGUUUACGAAAACGGCUCAGUUAGAGUUCCGUGACAGCGAUAGAUAAGCUUCUAUCACAGUAACCAUAUAAACCUAACGUUACCUUGUGGGGCAUAUUUGCUGCUUAAGUGUCUUGGUAUACUGUUUUUGUAUAUCUACAUAUAGGUGUCGUAACAUAAAUGUGGCUGCAAAUGAGGUUGUCCAUAUCCCUGCGUGUGAUGGAUUAACAUUCAAACGAGAGACAAAUAAAAGGAGCUUAUGAAAGAGCAGCAUGGAGUGGCCGGGGGAUUUUCCCGAAGACCAUGCCUUUGCAGAUCUGCUGGUUCCAGGGGUUUCCAGUGAGCUGGACUUUGAGCAGCUCCUAAAAGACACAGAGGAGAAACUCAAUCUCAAUGCCAACAGCAUUGAACAGCAGCUGAAGGAGCUCCAGGCCAAAAUGGGAGAAUCCCGGGAGCGUCCGCCGAGCCCUUCAGAAUGCCUGCAGUGGUUCAACCUCAGAGCGAACAGUUUCAGGCCUGUUACCACAGGACAUCAAGAACUCAUGGACUUCUUCAGAGCUUUGAUACAGUACCUGAGGUCUGAAGAGGAGGGGAAAGAGGAAGUGACUCUUCAGCUGCUUCUGAAUCUGUCAUCCCAAUGUGGUGUCUGCUUUCCAUGCACCCCUUCUUCUUCCUCCUCAUCCUCCUCUCUGCUGGCCGUCUCCAUCAACUUGGUUCAUACAGUCAGAGAUGACGCUUCAUUGGAGAUCCAGGAAGCUUGGGAUGACGUGCGUCUCCAGCUGCGCCGCCACCUGCUGGAAAGGCUGUCUGCACGCAACCCAGAUCACCCAGGACAAAGAAAUAUUUCCGUCCCUGAGCGGCUCCACUGUCUACAACAGCUGUUCUUGCUUUACCCUGAGUCGGAAGCCCUCACACAUUACCAGAGCCUGAGAAGCCAAUCUGUGCUGGCUCUUCUGCACUCUAACCUGAGUUCAAGCCCUGGAAGUGAGGCCGGCUUUGACAGACUUGCUGAAGGUUUCCGCUCUGUGGUCCCAGCUCUGACCCAGGCCCUCACAGAGGAGAUCCAUGUCCUUUUAAGACUAGCAGAACCGCACACCAUCCUGGGUUUCCUUAAUGCGGCCUACCUCAGCACUGUGACCCGAGCACUGGCCUCGUUGAUGGAGAGAGAAUCUGAGACAGCCCUGAGGGACAACACCUCGCUCACUAGCAAGAUAAAGAAAUAUUCAGCCAGGUCGCGAGCAACUGUAGCGCCAAUGGAGCUUCCCAUGAAAAACAGGAGCUUCAGUUUAACCUCCCACCAGUUGAAGGCAUUUACCCUGCUGGCCUGCACCCUUCUGGGGUUUGAGAGGACGGUGAUGGAGCUGGUCACCAAUAUGACCUUCAUUGACUGUACAGGAGAGACCCCCUCUGUUAAAGGCAUCUUGAAAAGGAAUCGAGAGGAUUUGGACAUGACACCAGACUGCAAGAAGUCCACAGCAGAAACACCUAGCCACACGACAGAGGCACAGGUUUUGGAGUUUGACUGGAGGUCAGCAUUUAGGGGGCUGGUCCCUCACAUGGCACAUUGUGUUAAAGUGGUCCUGGAUGAGGUUUGUUUCAAAAGUCUAAAGCAGGAAGAGGAUCUCCAUUCUUUGGGACACACCUCAAUCCCCUUGAGUCGCACAAGAGGACACACUGCCAUCCCUGCCGGAAACACACAUCUCAGAGAAGAUUACUUCUACACCUAUUCAGAGAGAGAGACUCCUGUGAUGACAGCAAAGUUCUGUGGAGCAAUCAUGACUGAGAUGGAUGCCUUACUACCCUUGGCAGCAGCCUGCAGAGACAGCUCUCUCCUUGAGGUGCGAUCAAGCUUUGUAGAAGCGUGUAGCAGGGCAGUGUUUGCCUUGCUAGGCCGUUUGCAGGAGAGGGCCCUGGAGGUACCAUCCUCUGCACCCCUGAGGAACCUCCCUGCUCUGCUGGCCACUUGCAUUUAUGUGCAGCAACGACUGGAGCACUACCAUGCCAGGCUGAAAGAUUCAACCUCUACUGCGGCUAAAGUACCCCUGACCCUGCUGCCUAUUCAGAAGUACAAAGAAACAGUGGAGGCCUUGAGAGAGCAGCUGACCAGUUACUGUAUCCAGAUUUGUUCCACCUGCAUUUUUCAAGACGCAGAGAGUCACCACUGGGCUGACCUCCAACCCUUCUAUGAGGGUGAGCGAUGUUCCUUCUCGGUACAGAUGUGGUUUUACUUCCUGUGUGGGCUCCGUAGCGACCUGUGGGCAAUUCUCCCGGCAGAUAUGGCCAAGGAGCUGCUCGGGCAGGUGCUGUCAGAGACUUUACAGCUGCUAGUGCAAAGAUAUGCCAAGGCCCGUCCAUCGUACAAGAGACACCUGCAAAUCAGAUGUGACAUUACAGCAGUGUUGCUGUAUGUGGAGCAGCUUAUGUGGAGUGUGUGUGAGAGUCCCGAGGCCUUGUGGCGCUCCAAUCCUUCUUCAGCAAUUGCCAUAAUAGCGGGCGGAUCAGAUUGGCCAUACCAAAUCCACAGCCUGUGUGAGCAACUCCUGACAGUCCUUGUCAUUGUGACUGCACCUCUUCCCUUGCUGUAUAGGAUGUUUAUGAAUAAUCCUGGGAAAGAGUCCACGCCUCAGCAUGACAGCCAUGCUGUCCUUUGGUUAAACGCUAUCAACCCUGACCUCUUCACAGAGCAGGCCAUACGAGAUGGUCUUGUGGGCCAGGCAGGCUCUCUGUGUCAGCUGAGGCUGCUGACCUCUGACCCAGGACACAAUCCUCGGUUGCUUCUGAGAAUGCUGUUGUACAAAGACUGUCACCUGCCCACAAUACUCCUGGAAAACUCUUAUCUUUGCCAAGAGAACAGCUUAGAAAUGUCUACAGACAGCUGCAAGGCCGGAGAUGACUUCAUAGUUGCAUCGUUCAACCUCUUCAGUCACCUGAAUAAUGUUCCAAAGGCCUUGACUCAGUCCCUUCAGCCAUACCUGGAACGGUCAUGCAUAUGGGAGCAUCUCUUCACACUGGCAGGGCCAGUGUUGACAUCGCGUGCACACACGACCCGGCCUGUUCCUGUAGUGAUCAGCUGUGUCCGAACGAUCAUCACCAAGUCUACCAACAGCAUCCUGGUACACCUGGUCUCAAUGGUCAGUGGUUGGCAGGCCGCGGAGGAGCCUAGUGGAGCUUUGUUAAAGCAAAAUGUACCAGAGAGCAUCCUGGCUAAAAUACCCAAGGAGUGGAACUUCACACCACUGGAAGCAAGGGGAAAGGAGACUGCCACUAAGACUGUCAUAUCCGUUACUAUCCAAGCCUUAUCCCUCAUUUUCACCAACCUGCCCUUGGCCGUAGCAUCCAUACCUCUUCCCAUCCGCUACCUCUUCCAAGUUGCAGAGAAACACCUCUCCCAGCAAGCUCGGCAGCUGCGCUUAAUGGGCCUGUUACUCUGGGCCCUGUUAGGCUGUCUGAUCCAGGGCCUGGAGGACCCUGACACACUAGAACAGAUCAGUGGUCUGUCCCUGAACCGUGGGGCAAAGGAACCUCUGUCCCUGCUGGCUGAGUGCCUACAGGCUACCAUGGGCAUUCAACAGAAGGGCAUUCCCAAACCAUCAGUGCACAAAGUGCUGCAGACUCUGGAGGAGAAAAGACCAAAGUGGACAAACAUGCAGCUGCACAAGGCCCGCAAGCUCUGCUCAGACAGUGUUUUUGAGCGAGGAAAGGAGAGCGGAGUCGCUGAACUGACUGAGCAGAAAAUAGGCCUGAUGCUGCUGGAGGUCUGCCACAAAGCAGGUGGCAGCGACUACCUGAGGCAGAUCUAUCACAUCAUCCAAGGCAAUGAGGAAUUACUGAUGUCUAAACUAAGUGGAAGCACAAACUCGCCCAGUGGUCAUCCUCACUUGGUUAACUUUGACCUUGGCUCUGAGAGUCGCAUGGACACUGACUGUUUCAACCCUCUCCACCAGUUUGAUCAUGUUGGCAAGAAGAAGCUGGAUCAGAGUGCAGUGGUCGACUGGGCAUGGGACUGGCCAAAACUGCUGCCAGCCUAUCAGGGCAUGAGUCAGAUCACCUUCAAAACUCUGCUGGCCAACAGGUGGGAGAUGCAGAAGGAUGCAGAGUUGGAAGACGGAGAAAAAUGUAUAGUAGAGGAACUUCAGAAAGCCUAUUUUGUUUGCUGCUGCAGCCCAGGAACGCAGGACUGUCCCGGAGCUGAUGAGACACUCACAGAGGAGACCCAGGGGGAAACAAAACAAUCCGAUAAAAGUGCUGCCCAAUAACAAUCCAAGCAGUUGGAGUUUUUUUUAUCAUGUUGUAAAUGUUUUCUUGUAAUACUAAGUUGCAGCUCUCAAGGUAGUAGAAUCUGUGUGUGUGUGUGUGUGUGUGUGUGUUCACAUUUGAGCGUGCACUGUGUCAAGCAAGUUUGACUAUGUGUGUGCAAGAAAAUAUGAGUGAGAGAGCGGACAAGAAACUGUGGAACAACAAAAAGAGUGAGGCAGACGUUGGCUCCCUUUUUAUGCACACGUCUCAGACAACCUCGCUGUGCUUUUCUGUGCUACUUCAGACAUUUCAUCUUUUUGGAGCACACCUCCAUAAAUCAGUACUGGGAAAGGGAGAGCCUGGAUUUGUUUGCCUGGGACAAGAUGGGACUGUGUGAUCACUGUUGGUAGUUGAAGUUUUUUUUUUGUGAGACAGUGAGUGUAAAGACAUUGGUGUCAGCAUACUUUCUCCUGCUUCCUAAAAGCAAACAUCAAAUAUUAAGGUUUGGAAGCAAGAUGAUGUCUGUUUUGAUUACAGCGUGUCCCAAAAAUCAGUCAGUAUUUUUUGAAAACUGUGAAAACAUUUACUUUUUGUGUUACGAUGGCACAGACAUUUUUUCCAGGUUUGUCCAUAUUUUGUCAUUUAUGAGGAGAAUGUUUUAGAAUUAAACAGGAAAAAUGAAAUCAUAGUCUUACUUGCACCAUUGAACAAACUUCAGUCAUCGAUCAAUCUGUGUGAUCUCUGUGCAUUCAAUCAUUUAUGCUAUGAAGUAAGCAUUCUUAAAUACUUACAUCAGAUGUUCUUUCGUUGUGUAUCUGAUGUUCAGAUGAGGAUUAAACCACCCAAAUUAUGCUCUUUUCAUCAACAAGAAUAUAAUUUCAACUAACAAAGGCUACUGCACACCCUGGGCAAUUCCUUCGAGAGAGCUGGAAAAGUAUUCCUGCUCCAAAGAGAGUUGUUCCUUCCUUUAACUAGAUAAGAUUAAUGCAAAUGUAGCAAGAUUGCAAUCGGCAAACCACUUAGAGAAUACAAAAGACAACAAAAUGGUUAGCAAGUGAAUUCUGCCUAUGCAUCUUAACAAAGGCUAAAAGGCAGCAAAGCAUGAUUAGUCUUUGUUAAUGUAUUGUAUUUAAUAUAAGAAUUAAAGCUUUUUGUGUUGCAGUAAAAAUAGUGUUUAACUAGCCAAACUGUUAUUGUAAGAUAACUGUUUUCUGUGAAAGAAAUGCUUUGAUCUCUUUCUUUUUAUCCCUCGCCAUCCCUCUUAAGUAAGCACCUGUAAGGUUAUUCAUUUGUAUUUCCAUUGGGUGAGGUUUAGAAGACAGCUGUCAGAAAAGCUGACAGUAUAAUUCACAACAAAUCAUUACAAAGAAUGAUUCAUCUCAAAGAAAUAAACUGAAUACUCUAUUAUACAGGAUUCAGUUAGGGAUUAUCAAACCUACACAAACAUUUUAGAAUCCCGGAGCGCAUCAUGACAUAUUCAUACAGGAUAAACAGCCGCAGCAUUUUGACUCCUCUGAUUUCCAUUUCAAUUGAUUACCCACAGUAUAUUAGUGCAUUAUGCACAGCAAACUAUCACAGAAGACACAUGUGGUUUUAUUUCUAUGUUCAUACAUUGAGUACAACAAGCCCUUUGUCAUCAUGUUGGGAUCCAAAGUAGUAGCAUAACAGGAAGAAAAUCAUCCUGUUGCCGCACUGUGGUUUCACUCUAUCAAUAAGGUCCUAAUUCCCUAUUAUUUAAGUAACAAACAAGUCAUAGUGCAUUUUUCCCAAAUAUAAAAUGCCUAUUCCACAUAGACCAGCCAAGCAACUCUGAAUACAUUAUAUCUAAGCACAAGAGCACAAGAGCACAAGAACACUGACCACCGCCAAGACCAUGUCAUUUUUCAAAUAUGAAAUGAAAUGGCCGACGUUACACUGUGUUUCAUGAAAAAAUCAAGCCAGUAGGUUUUCCAUAAUCAUGCUGACAUACAGACAGAAUUGCAACCUGAAAAAAAUAUACAUAUACAUAUAUAUGGAGAGGUAAUUUGUGGAUCAAGGAUAAAGCUACUUUUUCCAAAGUUAUGGUAAUACAUUGACAGCCCCAAGACAGUCAUAUAAUCCUAUUUACCUACCCCAUUGGAAACGUCUUUCCAUGGUUUAGCUUAUUUAAAAGCACAUCAAGUCAAACAAAUCUUCAACAAGGUGUAAACUUUGAACAUCGGCCUGAAUCUAUGGUUUGCUGAGUGUUCUGCACCCGCUUCAGUGUGUGUGUGACGCGGUCUGUCAUGCUACGUCAGCACGGCAGAUAGCUAACAGUUUUCCCAAGUCGUAAUAAAGAUUGAACAGCUUGUAUUUUCCAACGUUUACUUAGGAAGCACUGUAAAACUGGUUCAGUAUUUCAAUCAUUACAGACGUUGUUUAAGAACAAUAGUUACAUUGCCUGUUAAAACGUAUAACAACAAAUGCGUUAGCUUAUGGCUAACUUAUAUGGGAAACUGCAUUGUAAUGCUAGCAGUUAGCAUUUACGACCCAAUACACAUUUCAAAAUAACUUGGAUUAAUUAACAAAGGGUUUCAUUACUGUCGAGAUACUAUAUGAGUCCAUACUUACAGGCAAACGUGUUUUCUGGCCAACAUAAGUCAAGAGAGAAAAAUAUUCGACAGCUCAUCUCACCAUGCGUUAUCGGACUACGGCAAUAUACAUAAUAAACAUUACUUUACGAGUCACCACUAGGGGUCACUAAUUCUCCAGAUAAACAUCAGAACUUCACACUGAGGGCCAACCAAGACUAAAGGACCUAACUUCGAUUUACAAUACUUGUUAACCUCCUCAAACACAAAGUAAAGAAAUAUUUCCAAGUACAUAACUCAAGUCAACACCUCUCCUCCUCUCUUUUGUUGCAUUGAGUAUUGAUUAAGCGAAAAGCAUCUCUUUUAUCAUGUCAAUCUCAGUGGAUUUCAAUGUCACAAUACGUCUUCUCGUUUCUUAUUUGGGUCUCCCCUCGCAGCAAUUCCAGUGCUCUGCUUGAGGAAACAGGGUAUUUCAUCUCCCUUGAUAAACAGUUUAUAGAGGUUGAUAAAUUCAACUUCUAGAGGACGUUCAAAAGUAGGGCAUACAGGUUAAGUUAAAACAGGAGGCUAUUUCUGUGAAUCAAAACACACAUCAACAAGUACAGGUGCUGGUACAUAAUACAGGAGAGUACGGCACCGCAAGUGUUUUCUGAUUUUCUUUUAAAAUAAUGAAAUAUGUUUUUUCUAUCCCCUUAAAAGUUUUUGAUCUGAUGGAUUUCACUAAUGCAGUUUUAUUGGGAACUAUCCUGGAAAUGCUCACAACAACAGCUUAAGAGAAUCUGAUGACUUUGUGUUAAAGGUUGACAGUCUGAUUGAAUUAUUAUCCUCUUUUAUUAUUCUUUUAAACAUAAAAAUAUAUAUAUAUAUGUUUUUAAAUGUUUAUGUAAGUAAAAUUAAACAUUUUUUAUUGACAAUGCCUUACAUGUGUGGAACAUCCUCAUUUAUGUUUGAAUGGUGUUGCUAAAUUGGUUAAGUACAUGUGUAUGCUUUUAGCUCCCUACCUUUCCUGCAAAAGUUCUUGUUUGUUUUCUAUGGAUUUGUAUAUGUGAAUGUAUAAGUUUCACAUGUGUUUUUCUAUUAUGUAAGUCUUUGUUUAUAUAUCACAUAUUGUAUAAUACUUGUAUUGUUUAAUGUACAACACAAUUGUUAAAAUAAAUAAAUGAACAAGUUUAGUGAAACUAUCAAUAGGCUUCUUAUUAAGCAUAGUUAAGGAAUGUGAUAUAAUAUGGGGGAGUGUGAUGUAAACCAGUGCAGCAUAUGCAAUGAAAAAAAUCGUUAUUUCCAAAUAAUUUAAAUUCCCUAUUGAAAUGCAUUUGAGUAGAAAAGUUAAAUCAAAUUCAAUACAAUCAUCAAAGUACGAAAACCUGUAUUUAAGU